GAUAAUUUAGUGGUAUAAAACGAAAUCGCGAAUAUUUAGUUAGGUUAUAUAAAUUAAAAUAAAAUUAAAAUGGACUGUUGCACAAAUGAAAAAUCUUCACAUCAAUUAGUCGAAGUUGUUUAUAAAUCAACGCUUCGAGAUGAUUGCACUGCUCACAAUACGCACAAAUUGCAUCCUGAAAACAAUAAUUGGAAGACUGUUUAUUUAUAUUUUUGCGCUCUAUCUUCAAACCUAGCUCAAAUAACCUGCGGUUUGAUGUUCGCUUGGGUCUCCCCGAUGUCGAUCAAACUCCUAUCUAACAACACGCAGGAUAACCCACUGGUUACUCCGAUCACAACGAUGCAGUUAUCGCUGCUGGGAGCCUUCCAGCCGAUGGGUAUCUUCGUCGGGGCUCUGAUGGUGGCGAAUAUUUGCGACUUGUACGGCAGUAAAAAGUGCCUUACUGCCGUGUAUUCGGUCAUGGCGAUUUCGAUGGCAGUCGUGGCCUGUUCCUCCAACAUCCUCGUUUAUUACCUAGGUUUGUUUUUCUGCGGCACCACAAUGGGCGCCAUCAGCGUUGUAAUGCCGAUAUUCAUCGGCGAAAUCGCCGAGGAUCACAAUAGAGGCAAAAUCUCCUGCAUGGUGUGCACGGGUUGCCCUAUAGGAACGGUCCUGUGCUACUUAAUAGGCUCGUACGUAUCCUUCCAGAGUUUCAAUUUAAUUUGCGCGGUACCAGCGGCGUUGAACGCUUUCUGCUUUUUACUCGCCGUACCGGAAACCCCGGUUUAUCUAGUCAAACUAUCGAAUCUGGCGGCGGCGAGAAGCGUGCUGAGCAAAAUCAGGAACAAAACAUCCAAGGAAAUCGGAACGGAAAUCGAGAAAAUCCAACGCGAACUCCAGGAAACUUACACGAGCAAAAGCAAAAGCGGCUGCUCCAGGAUUCUAACCGACAGAUGUUCCAGGAACGGGCUGGUGGUGGCAUUGGGUUCCUACAUUCUAUUCGCCACGUCCGGAGUAACUGCAUUCACCGCUUACCUGCAGCCAAUUUUCGACGCCGCAGGAUCUUCACUAAGCAGCAGCACGCUGGCGGUGAUCGUCGCCGUCUUGCAGGUGGUGUCCUACGGUUUUGCAUCGAUGUGCGUGGAAAAAUUGGGCAGCAGGAAUACCAUUCUAUUCGCCGUAUCUUCCAGUAGUGUACCACUAAUUCUCACCGGGCUUUAUUUCUACGUAAAGUCGCAUAAUCCGGCGAUGACGCAGGAGUACGUUUGGGUGCCCGUUUGCGGGUUAAAUCUGUUUAUGUUUUUGAAUGUAAUGGGCACCGCCACUGUUCCGCUAGCUAUUAUGAAUGAAGUGUUCGUCGAUCAAGUGAAAGCCACUGCUAAUUCUAUUAUAGUGGUGGUUAGCGGAAUUGUGAUGACUAUAGCUGUAUUUUCGUUGCCGCUGUUGAUGGAGAGGAUCGGAUUGGCUUGGUGUUUAUGGUUGUAUUCUCUGAAUUGUAUAAUAGGUAGUAUGUUUAUUUAUUUCUUCGUGCCUGAUACUAGAGGCAAGAGCCUACUAGAAAUUCAGGAUGUACUGUUUAAUUUAUUCGCAAAGUGACACAAAGCGAGAUUUUUCAUUGUAUUAAUGAGUACUAUAUGUGAUAUAAUAAAUUUAGCGUUAUUUCAACUAGCAGGUUAAAUAUCGGGCGGUUUAUCUACCGCGAAAUUCGGC